UGGGUCCAAGAAACUAGAAACUUGUGGAACAUUUGGGAGGGCACCAUCGUGCUAGAAACAUCAUCCUUUCCAUUGGAGGCUUCUCAAGGGGGAAGCCUGCUUGUGGCAGGUUGGAGGACUCCAGCUCAGAGGAGAUUGGGCUUAGGAACAAAGUGCGACAGAGGUAGGCUGGCUGCAAGUCCGUGCUCACUACCACCCCCACGCAGGCUUUUUCCUAUGAGUCCCCGAUUCCUCCUGAAGGCCUUGCUGCUCCUGGCCGGGCUGGCGUCGCUGGAGUCCUCCCAGUACUGCGGCCGCCUGGAGUACUGGAACCCGGACAACUUGUGCUGCGGCAGUUGCCUGCAGCGCUUCGGGCCGCCACCCUGCUCGGGCUACGAGUUCUCGGAGAACUGCGGCCUCAAUGACUUGGGCGAUCACGUGGCGCAUCCCUUCCAAGAGUGCCCUCCUGGGCAGUGCAACCCCCACGGCGCCGAGCUGUGCAGCCCCUGUGGUAGCGGAGCCAUGGGCCCCGAGUUCGCCGAGCGUGCGGGGAGAACUGGAUCCCCUCGCUGCAGAGAGAAGCCGGUCCCCUCCAAGGAGCUCUGCCCUCUCUCAUCUUCCAGUCUCCCGGGGACAGCUGAGCCCAUACCAAGUGUGCCCCUGCCAAGCUUUGUCCUGCCCGUGGUGCUGGUUCUGCUGCCCGCUGGAGUAGUGGGCCUUCUGUUCAUCCUGCAAAGACACCACCUUUGCAGAAGGAAAGGCGUUCCCAACCACUCCUGUCCAGGCUUUGCUUGCAAGGACCUCGACAGCCCUGUCACCCAGUACUGGUCCACUCCAGGCUCCCUGGACACAUCAGAGGCGGGAGAUUCGAGGAAGGAGGUGUCUUCACUUACACAACUGGAAAGAGAGCUACCAUGUCUGACCUCAGAGCCCCUGUCUCGGCUUCUGGAUGAGUUGGAAGUGCUGGAGGAGCUGAUUGUGCUGCUGGACCCAGAGCCGGGGCCUGGUGGGGGGAUCGCCCGUGGCACCACUCGACACCUGGCUUCCAGAUACGGCCUGUCUGCUGUCUGGUCCAACUAUGCCUACUCGCUGCGACCCAGCCGCUCACCUCUCCGUGCCCUGAUUGAAGUGGUGGUAGCAAGGGAGCCCUCUGCCUCUCUGGGCCAGUUUAGCACACACCUGGCCCAGCUGGGGCGCACAGAUGCACUGCAGGUGCUGUCUCGACUUGGCAGAUCUGGGCUUGUCUGGCCUAACACUCAAGUUCCAUUGACCUGA